UUUUGACUGUAAAAAAACAAUAUCUGCAGACCAACGUUUGGCUAUAUCGGUCUCUAAAUGGAAGACAGCUUCUCAAAUGGAGCAAAUUGUGAAGAAGUGGUCAUGUUGGAUCAAUCUGUUCACACAUCCACAGACGAAGAUGACGAAAGUGAAAAUGAAGCUUUAAACGGUACUGGAGACACUGACCAAUCAGGUUGCUCCAAAUGGCUGCAUCGAAACGAGACUCCAGUGCGUUGUUUUCAUGUCAGAGAUAUGCAUGUAUCUUGUUGCAAUGUAGUGGCGAUCAGCUCGGACAAAGGAGUUCAUAUUUUCAUUCCACGCUACUUGAGUCUGGAAUUCGUGCGCAAUGCCAUCUAUAGACAGUUGCUGUUGCCUGGUCCUUGGUUUGAGUUGCGGGAGCUGUUGGCGAAUAAGGUCACCAACUCCUACACAAACUUAGCUCCCUUCUCCAACCUCACUCUAAUCAGGAGAGUCAGAUGGGCUCCAUCCGCAAUCCACAUCGCCGCUCUCUCUAACGAGGGACAACUAAUCGUUACCAAAGUUGACUUGUCCUGCAACAGCUCCGAAAGUUUUGCGUCCUGCAACAUCUCACAAACUCUGCUGGAAAAGUUGACAAUAAUUCCUAUUAUCCGACCUACCUUUGCGAACAACUCUGUUGUUAAAAACAGCUGUGAUUAUGGAGACAUUUCACACUUCGCGUGGGUUGAGCGACCCCUGAAAAGCUUUGAAAUGCAUCGGACUUUGGAACUAAUUGUCGUGAAUAAAAAACUGGAUUUAGUUAUGAUGAUCUUGGAUUGUGAUUUAAAGACUACUAAAACCAUUCACUACAGUCAAUUGAAAUUGAGCCCGAGUAUGAUACUGGCGGUCAGUUUUGAAGAUAGUGACCCGGAAACUUCACAAACGAAAGUGGUAAUUGGUUACACUAAUGGGUCCAUUGAUGUCAUUACUUUAAAUAAGCACCUGGUGAUGGCUAACAGUCGCUCAAUAAACGCAGAUGCAAUGAUAGAUCAUGCCCCGAUUUCAUGUGGCACAUUUUGGGUAGCAGGGAAAUUGGCAAUUGUAGCGAAGUUUAAUCGACUUAUUUUUGUACCAAUAGACGAAAAUGAUGAAAAAUUCACAGAAUCAGUUUACGAAUACGAGUUGCCGGAAUCGUAUUUCAUCUAUAGAAUAAAAAUAAGUGGAGAUCGGUUGAUUUAUUUCACUAAAACGGGCGUGAGUGGGUUUUGCGAUUUGCCGAUAAACUUCUACGAGUUGGUGGCAAAUUCGACACUUCAAGAAGAGUUGUCAAAUUUGUUAAAACGAGAACAAAUAGUUGUCGAGUCAAAAUUUAGUAAGUAUAUUAUGGGUUCGAGACCGCAACAAAAUUUGUGCGCUAUCGACACAUCGGAGAAUUUUGAAUUUCUGUUUUAUGUGUACGAAGACGGGUUUGUUCCAAAACGAGAGAAACGCGAUUUCAAACUGGUCUGUUUGUCUACUUAUUCGGAAAAGGGAAAGUUUUCAAGCAGUUCAGAGUCAUUAAAUUGCUUGAACUCUGAUAUUAUUUUCAAUGAGCUGUGGUUUACUAACACGUUCAACUUAGACCCAAACAGUUUCAGCCAGAAAUACUGGCCAAAUAAAGCGUUAAUGGUCUCAAAUCUGGCAGGUUUCAAGUUCAACAUCGAAUCGAUAGCCGGAAAAUGUAGUUUAUGUUCGAAAAAUGUUGCGACAUUGGCGCCGAAUCUGAUUGGCUAUUGUAACGAAGCUCAUGAUUGGCCAGUUUGCAGCAAAGGUCACGUGAUUUCGAAGCCACGUGACAUAGUUUUGUGUCUGAUGUGCCGUAUGCAAUAUUGUACAGAACAUAAACCUUUUUUGUGUUCGUUUUGUGUGAUGCCUCUAUUUUGAUUUUAGUGUCAUCUUUGCUGGUAACUUAAAUUGAAGCUUUAGUUGUA